AUGGCUUCAUUCAUCAGCGACGGUACUCAAAAUAAAGCCAGCGAUGAGGUGUGGAUGCGGGCUCCGGCGUCACAAUGUAUCCCUUGGCUUGUUGUGAUCAGCGUCGAGUCUUUGGUCAUAACCGUCCUUAAUAUCAUCACCAUUAUUGUAUUUGUGAAGCAGCGCCGGCUACAGCGGCGGAGUACAUACUUGAUCAUCCAUCUGGCAGUAGUCGAUUUCUUAGUUGGUGUUUCGGGACCUGCUUGGAUUGCCAGAUUGGGAGGUACCUGGUGUGAUCUGUGGGGUGACAACAGUCCGAAUGAUGAAGAAUCAUGGAUGAGAAUACAAAAAGUUUUCGAGUCGACAUUCUUAUUAGUGUCUCUUUGUAAUCUCUCCGUUAUUUCUUUAGAACGAGUUAACGCCACAUUUUUUCCAUUCAGGCAUCGCUUUGUGAAAAACUGGGUUUAUGGAGUGGUAAUAGCAGUAACUUGGAUUGUACCUUUAGCACUAAGAGCAACACAAAUAGCAAGCCGUAAUUUCAGUCUUAAUUUCGAUUUUAUCGUGAUACUUUCAUACUUUGCAGUUCAACUAUUUGUGAUUUGUCUUUCCUAUCUUUCUAUCUAUAUUAAAGUUCGUUUCAAUCGUCAUCCUCAACAACAUGGUGCAGCCGGUCUGAGGGAAAGAAAAUUGACGAGUGCAUUGUUUCUUGUCACUCUUGGAUCAUUGUUCACUAUUCUGCCCACUAUAAUAAGAUUAAGUAUCAUUGUGUUUGAUUUCCAGUUCUUCACGAGCCUUUCAAGGCGAUCAACCAUGAACUUUCUCCUCAUAACCGUUACUUUCUUGUUUACGAACUCGCUAAUAAAUCCCAUAAUUUAUGCCAUGAGGAUGCCGGAAUUGAGGGAAGCAAUUUUACGAAUAAUAUUCCGCAGGAGUUCAAAGCGCUCAAGUAAAGAUAAGGAUGUUUUACCUCAGCAAAAUAUGUAGUUAUUUACCUGUCUUGUAAAUACAACACAAUUUAGAAUUGUUAAAUAAAAAGUCUUUCCAUUUCUUAAAAACAGCCUGAUGAUGUUGUUUUAAGUGUAGAUGUAAAAUCCAUCUUAAAAUUUCAAUUUGGAGGGGAGAGAGUGGGGAUGUCCAUUUGAGUUAAAAAGAGGAGAUAUGGUUUACGUCAAUUUUUUUCAUGACGAGAGUAGUAUAUGUAUGUGGUUAAUUGUACGUUUUUUGUCAGUAGAGUUUAAUAACAACAUGCAGUUUUGUCAUGAAGGUAAAAGUAACAAAUAUUGCACAAGUAUUUCUAAUGUUGUGUGCAAUUUUGCAAACUUUUAGAUGAUGUUUUCAAUCGAUAAAGAAGCCACAGUUGUGCUGUCGUGUUGCAAGACGCAAAACGGUUGGAUGACGGAAGAAGUUUAAGGGAGAACAUAAAACACAGUAUUUCUCCCUAGCUCUUCGGUGCUUUACCGCCUCCUAGUACCAUAGAAUAGGACAGAACACAAUUUGUGUUAUUAAUUCAGUAAUUUCCCCUUUCAUCCGGCUCGUAUCUCCAAAACAAAUUUUAUCAAAACAGGGAGGGAAAAUUGGUUCAGCGUGAAUCUUUAAUUUCGUGAAGCUUCCUUAAAUAAGCUUAUCACAGUCACUGUUAUAAUGGUUUAAUUAAUUUGAUAGGCCAACAUUACAAAAACUGUCAGUCACAAACGAGCAGUCAGCAAAAGUUUCCGGUUCUAGUAAAGAACGAUUACUUCGAAAUUCGAAAGGAAUCUUCUGGUUGAUAGCAAAGUUGCCAUUCGGGAGCCAUUGAUCAAACAAAAUUUGUUUCUUUUUCAGUAUGUCUCUAAGAACUCCCUUCAAUCAAGUAAAACAUCCAAUAUUUCAUCCCAUCGAACUCUUGACCUCUUAUAGCCUCCCGCACCAAGGGUUUGUUAGCGUCCGCUGGUAGAAACGCGUGACGAAGCUUGGGUGGGAGGCUAAACCUUCGACGAAAGUAUCAUUAUUGAUGCCAUCUAGCUUAUCAUUUCAUAUUUGUUUCAAGGCCAAGUAAAAGAUCACAGGCAGCCGCUGAGAACUCAAAGUAGAAACUAGCAAAUUGUCUGAGGCGCGCGAAUUCGCGAAUGACUAAGUCGUAAUUGGUUGAAGUUUGGCGCCUGCUUGGUCAAGAGGUUUGCGCGAGUUUUUUGACUGAUCACAGAGUGCAGCAAGGUAAAACAGAAGGAAAACAGGACCAGUUACGCGGCGUCUGGAGCUAAAAUAGAAAACUAAACUUUUUUCUUUUAUUCGCUAUACAUCCCUAGACCUUGAUUUUAAGUGUUUUGGACUAUCUGUAAGAAAACAGAGCGCAGUCAAAAUGUUUCAAGACCGAUAAACAAUAAAGACGAAAUGACAUCAUUAAUUCUGUAGUUUUUAAAUCACAUUGUUUACGGCUUUAUUUUAUCUCAAAGCCCUUAUAUGGUCAAUUGUUUUGCGCGGCGUUUCGGACCGGAAACAUUCCUCUUCUAUUCUUAGACAUAGCUUCAAUACCCUGAAGUGCUGUCGCAUGACUUCCCUGAUGCCAACAAGUGUCACUUUCAAUUCACAAUAUCGGUACACAACCCUCACGUGGACUUUGUUAAAGUUUACGGAGUUAGAGAGAUUCUUCUGUAACCCAUCAUUCUGUUCUUAACACAAAUUUCAAAUGUAUAUUACGCUAGCUUGUUUAAAUUAACGUGCCACAAUCUUUCAAAUUUUUAUUUUAUUUACCUUAUUAUGCUUGGGUCUCAAAUUGCCUUUUUUGGGAAUGAUGCCGAAAAUAACCUAACGUUGUGUCUUGCAAAUUUUCGGACGUCAUCAAGAUCAGUAAAGUUGCUGACACCUCUUCCUGCAAUCAUUCUUAAUAGGGAUAAAAGCACUUUGAAAUCCAAACAGGAAGCUUUGUUGAAAGGUCUCGGCUGGAACUGAUACGAAGGAAGAGAGUAAGUGAUAGGGAAAAAAUCACUGAAAAGGUCAAAGGUAAAAACGAUGUAGUCUGCGCUCAAGCAAAUUGGCCAAUCGAACACGAGCUUGUUCCGGUUUUCAUAGUAUGAGGCGACUAUACUCCCGCUAGAUAGGAUGCCAGUAUGGACCUCUUUAUUAAAAAUUCAGCGCGCUAACGGUUAGCCUGAGUAGAGACAGAUGGUAGGGAAAAACAUAACAUGUUUUGAUGUGGUAAAUUAUCACAAACAUCGAACCAAGAUUAAUUAAAUUUAAACAACAAAGUUUCCGCAUACUUGAUGUUUUUAUUGGUGUUAUAUGAGUUAUUGAGCCGUUUCUACUCUCCUCCAAUCAGUAUUUACAGCGACGAUUACAGAUUUGGGCUAAGUUGUUCAGAGAGCGGAGAAUAUAUCCAGCUGAUAAGAGUUAAUAAAUGAUUUUUGCGCUAUCCACCUGAAAAAGAUUUAUUCAGCGGAUAGCGUUAUCCAGCCUUUGAACAGAUGGGACCAGAGGUUGGGGGGGGGGGGGGGGAGGCCAGAGGGGAUUUUUGAAGCAGCUAAGACGGUAGAGUACCUGCUUGAUCAUCAAUCUAGCGAUAGUCGAUCUCUUAGCUGGGGUCACGGGGAUUUUUCGGAAACUCUUGGUGUGAUCCGUGGGGGCUCAAUAAGCCGACGGAUAUUACAUUAUGAAUUAGAAUACAAUCGGAAUUAGUACAACAGUUUCUUUCUCAAUUAGUGUCCCUUUUCAAUUUCUCGAUUAUUUCUUUGGAACUAGCGCACGCAACUUUUCGUCCUUCCACGCAUCGUUUUAUAAAGAAAUGGAUGUAUGGUGUGAUAAUAGUUGUAAAUUGGAUAUUUCCCAUUGGGGCGAGGAUAGCGAAACUCUAAUCUAA